GACUCCGAAGGAGACAGAACAACACUAGACAUGGAGAUGGAUAUGAAUAUAGAUAUGAAUAUAAAUACAAACAUAGAUACAGUGUCUAUGAACACGCCGACAAAAAAAAUCAGGGAGUUGACAUUAGCAUCGCCACCUCCUGAUUAUUUGAAUAGUCCCACAUCUUCAAUUGCAACAUGUAUGGUUAAUAAAGGAUAUUCCCAUAAGUUGACUAAUAAUGUGCUUUCUGAAUUGAAUGAUCGAGCCAAUGAGAUUUCCAUGAUGAUAAAUUCUCCUCCUGAGAGUCGAAGCUCGGAAGGUUCGUCGGGUUCAUCUAGUUCAGGCAAUAGGAGUAAGCGAUUUAGUAUAAUUCACAGAUCGAGAUUCAACCAAAUGGAAUCGAUAUCACAACACUACUCAGUUCAUGAUUCUUCUUCCAAUAAGAGAAGAAGAACUUUGAAUGGCAAGGAUGAAAUCGUGGCCAUUCCUAUCCUCACAAACAAAGAAGAUGAAGAUCAGAGAAAGGAUUCAAUUAGAAAGAUCUCGCCGGUUAAAAUGUCACUGACUAAAAUUUCGCCUUCUAAAUCACCAAAUAAGAUAUCUCCUUCUAAGAUCUCACCUUCCAAACGGUCAAUGAAUCUACAUGCACAAUUGAAUGAAAAAUCAAUCCAGGUUUCCGACUCGGGAUCACCUAGUAAACGAGAAUUUAUAAGACCUACCGGUGUUCCCAAAACUCGAAUUGGUUCUUUGGAGUUAUCUGGAGUCAAAUCUUUACAAAGGAAGCUGUCAAUACCUCAGUUGCAAGACACUCAUACAUUAAGUAAGAAACCUUCAAUACCCCAAUUACAGAAGAAACCCUCGAUACCCCAGCUACAAAAGAAGCCUUCGAUACCCCAAUUACAAAAGAAGCCUUCGAUUCCACAACUUCAAAAGAAACCUUCGAUACCUCAACUUCAAAAGAAACCAUCCAUUCCCAACCUCAACAAAAAACCAUCAACAUCACAGUUGUACCAUUCUCCUCUGCUUGCAUCCCGAGUAUCAUCAACCACAACUGCAAGUACAACUACCACAGUAACGGCAACCACAACUACAAAUUUAAUGCCGCCACCGCCACCACCACCUCCUCCACACUCAUACACGCACUCUCCUUCGCAUAAAACAAUCUCAAGAAAGUCAUCAAUACCCCAAUUACAAAAGAUACCCAACUUAUCCCGAAUAAGUCCCUCCAAAUCGUUGAAUCAUAAUGUGUUACAUAAUUCCACAAAUAUACCCAAAUCCAGAUCUGUAACUAUACCGGAACCAUUCUCGCUUUAUGACAAACCUACAAUUUCAUCGUCACAAAAAUCUUUAAAUAAAUUUCAAAGGUUUAAGGAAAAAUUUAGUUAAAUUUAGUGUAAUAUACAAAACUGUCUAAUAUAUAUUAGCUUGUAUUUUAAUCUCUCCACCAAGAGUCAAAAUUUGACUGCCGGUCCAUUUAGCCCCAGGCUUUAAAUCAACCAUAGAAGAAACAUGACCUGGUUCGACACAAAGCAUGUUUUUCCAACCAUCCUUAGGAGUGAAAUCUGCCAUACCGGCACUCUUGUUGAUCCAAGGGUUCCAAACCACGGCAUCUGGUAAGUUUUCACGGUCAACAUUAACCAAAACCUUGCCCAAUUCUAUAAUUUGUAAUGUCUUGUCUUCGUGAACAUCCUUGUAUACUCUGUCAAACUCUUCGUGGAAGCCAAUGGCUGGAGCUUUUUCAACGUAUUCUUCACCCAAGACCUUAUCAACAACUUGAUGGUCAAUUAAGUUGUUAACUAGCGUAUCGGUGAUGUCAGGAAUCUUGAAAUAGGUGUGGAAUAACCAAUUGAAUUCAAAGGCAUCCUUACCAGUGUUUUCAACAUCAAUUGAAGUAACCAACUUGUCCUUGGUUAAACUAACAGUCAAGAUCAAAGUGACAUCAUAUUUACCUUCACCCCAUAACUUAUAGGCCUCAGGGUCGACAUUUUCCUUACCUAAUCCAAAUUGAACCGUGAUGGGGUUUUCACUAGUUUGACCAAGGAAUUCCCAAGUGGAGUUUCUAACAAAUCCAUGUUGAGGUAAUUUGAAAGUUGGGUGGGUUUCAUCCGAUUGUUUUCCAAAAACUGGGAAUACCAAAGGAAUACCACCUCUGACUGGUUUUGAGCCAUCUAAAUGAGCACCUUCAGACAACCAUAAUUUUUCUUGAGAUUGAUUUUUCCAACUAAUGACAGUGGCACCGUAUUUAAGAAUGGUAGCAGUGUUUGUUGGGUCAAUUGGGUCAGUGAUGAUGACGCGGUCUUCGAGUUCUUCAACUGGCAUGGUUAAGUUGUGAGGAGAAACACACUUUGUAUUGAAAAG